AUGGGAGACGUCGCCGUUGAGAAUCCGGCGAACAACGUCACGCCUCACAGCAAGGCAGCUCCGCUGGACACGAUUCCCAACAUAGACUCCCUCGAAGGCACGGGAAGCGAUGGAGGUGAUGAAUAUGCUACGCUGAAGAAAUUGCAGAGACACCUGGAGUACAUUCAGCUUCAGGAGGAGUACAUCAAGGAUGAGCAAAGGCAGGCUAGAGAACUUGUUCGCGCACAGGAGGAGAUCAAGCGGAUACAGAGCGUGCCUUUGGUGAUCGGCCAGUUCAUGGAAGCGAUCGAUCAGAAUACCGGUAUCGUGCAGUCCUCGACCGGCUCGAAUUACGUCGUCCGUAUCCUGUCCACCCUCGACCGCGAGAAGCUCAAGCCAUCCUCCUCGGUCGCUCUCCACCGUCACUCCAAUGCCCUUGUUGAUAUCCUGCCCCCGGAAGCGGACUCCUCCAUUGCCAUGCUGGGUGAAAACGAGAAGCCUGAUGUGACCUAUGCGGAUGUUGGUGGGCUUGACAUGCAGAAGCAGGAGAUCAGGGAGGCCGUCGAACUGCCUCUGACACACUUUGACCUUUACAAGCAGAUUGGUAUCGACCCUCCCCGUGGUGUCCUUCUUUAUGGACCUCCCGGUACGGGUAAGACCAUGCUGGUCAAGGCAGUGGCAAACAGCACAACCGCCAGCUUCAUUCGUGUAAACGGAUCUGAGUUCGUUCAGAAGUAUCUGGGUGAGGGUCCUCGCAUGGUCCGUGAUGUUUUCAGAAUGGCACGGGAGAACUCCCCGGCCAUCAUCUUCAUUGAUGAGAUUGAUGCCAUCGCCACGAAGCGUUUCGACGCCCAAACCGGUGCGGACCGUGAAGUCCAGCGUAUCUUGCUGGAACUUCUUAACCAGAUGGACGGUUUCGAACAGACCAGCAACGUCAAGGUCAUCAUGGCCACCAACCGAGCGGAUACCCUGGACCCUGCCCUGCUACGUCCGGGUCGUCUGGACCGCAAGAUCGAGUUCCCCAACCUGCGCGACCGGCGUGAACGCCGGUUGAUUUUCUCUACGAUAGCGUCUAAGAUGUCGCUCUCCCCCGAAGUCGACCUUGACUCGCUGAUCGUUCGCAACGAGCCCCUCUCGGGUGCGGUCAUCGCGGCCAUUAUGCAAGAGGCGGGUCUCCGUGCUGUCCGGAAGAACCGCUACAACAUCAUCCAAUCCGACCUCGAGGAUGCCUACUCCGCUCAAGUCAAGACUGGGCAGGAGUCGGACAGGUACGUGUCUCUACCCAUUUUACCCGUUGUGCCGACACAGCUGACCAGAUCCACAGACUUGAGUUCUACCGGUAAACGAGCAUGGCGAAAAGGGGGAUCGUUAGCUGUAUCAUCAACAUCUAGGCUAUCAUAUAUUAGGACAACGACUGAUGCAUUUUGGGAUGCCGCUGGACUGCCUAUCCUGGCACCUUGA